GCCGGGCGCUGGAACCAGGCUUUAAAAGCUCCUCAAGCCACCCCGCCACGAAACAACCGGCCCCAUUUCGCCUUCGGCAGGAGGAGGGCGAGGAAGAGGGGCCCUGCUCUUCCUCCCCAGCGGGAGCUGGGGCUCAGGGUGUGCGGGGAAGCAGUGGAUGAACGUGCGAUCGGCGGCUGCUUUCCGCUCGGAGCGCAGCUUCCACCGCUCGGCAUCGCCCGCCGGCUCCAUGGAGCUUUUUGGGAGCUUUGUCCGGCCCCGUGGGGAGACCUUGGGGUUCCCAGCUCGGCCCGGCAGCACCGGCACCGUGAAGACCCUGGGCAACACCUAUCAGUUCACAGUGGAUGUCAGCGACUUCGCCCCCGAGGACAUCAUCGUCACCACCUCCAACAACCAGAUCGAGGUGCACGCUGAGAAGCUGGCUGCGGAUGGCACGGUCAUGAACACCUUCACCCACAAAUGCCAGCUGCCCGAGGACGUGGACCCCACGUCGGUGUCGUCCUCGCUGGGGGAUGAUGGCACAUUGACCAUCCGUGCCCAGCGCCAGCCCAAGCAUCCCGACCACGUCCAGCAAACCUUCCGGACUGAGAUCAAGAUCUGAGGGGCUGGGGGGGGUCCUUCCCCCCCUCCCCCAUCACCUCCCUCAGUCGUUAUUUGGGUGGUUUAGGAAGGAGGUAGGGAAUGGGAACGCUCCUCCUCGGGCUCAGACCUGAGCGGUUGGCGUGGAGGGAUGCAUCCCGUCACCCAUCGGAGAAACUCCGGAUGGGAUUCCCGGCUCCGGUGACUUUUAGCUGGCAAAUGGGUUGAUGGGGAAGAUCCGGCGUGCCAAGAGCCCUGCCAGGAGGGAGGUUCCCUUCCCCGACCCUCAGCCGUCGCUUGUCUCUGUAUAUACAGCCUGGGAUAAACCAUAGAGAACGCC